AUGUUGGAUCCGUCUUCCAGCGAGGAGGAAGGCGAUGAAGUGCAGGAGGUGGAGCACCGGGAGGCGGCGGCCCCAAAGAGCGCGGCGGGAGCGCGUCUGUCCCCGGGCCGAGCCGCGGACACACACAGCGGAACACCGCUACAACCCCGGGGCCGCGGCGGGGGAGGGCGGCCCUCGAGCCCCAGCCCUUCGGUGGGCAGCGACAAAGAGAAGGAGGACCUGGAAAAGCUGCAACGGGAAGAAGAGGAAAGGAAAAAGAGACUUCAGCUCUACGUGUUCGUUAUGCGCUGCAUCGCGUACCCGUUCAACGCCAAACAGCCCACAGACAUGGCCCGGAGGCAGCAGAAGAUCAAUAAGCAGCAGCUGCAGACCGUGAAAGAACGAUUCCAGGCCUUUCUCAGCGGAGACACUCAGAUCGUGGCUGACGAGGCCUUUAUCAACGCUGUCCAGAGUUACUAUGAGAUCUUCCUGAAGAGUGACCGUGUGUCCCGGAUGGUGCAGAGUGGAGGCUGCUCGGCCAGUGACUCCCGGGAGGUGUUCAAGAAGCACAUAGAGAAGCGUGUGCGCAGCCUCCCGGAGAUCGACGGUCUGAGCAAAGAGACGGUCCUGAGCUCGUGGAUCGCCAAGUUUGACACCAUUUACAGAGGAGAGGAGGACCCCCGCAAACACCAGCAGCGCCUCACCGCUUCCGCCGCCUCUGAGCUCAUCCUCAGCAAAGACCAACUCUACGAGAUGUUUCAGUCCAUUCUGGGAAUCAAAAAGUUCGAGCAUCAGCUACUGUACAACGCCUGCCAGCUUGACAACCCGGACGAACAAGCAGCGCAAAUCAGAAGGGAGCUGGACGGACGACUGCAAAUGGCCGAUCAGAUAGCACGGCACGGGGCGAGGUUCCCGCGGUUCUGCUCCAGGGAGAUGGAGGCCCUGUUCAUCGAGGAGCUGCGGUCUUCGGUGAACCUCCUCAUGGCGAACCUGGAGAGCAUGCCGGUGUCCAAGGGCGGAGACUUCAAACUGCAGAAGCUCAAGAGAGGCCACAACGCCUCCAUCAUGGACAUGGGCCAAGAGGACGAGAACACACUGUCCAAGUCUGAUGUGGUGCUGUCCUUCACACUGGAGAGGCACGGCAGAGGCACGGCAGAGGCACGACAAAGGCACGACAGGCACGGCAGAGGCACGGCAGAGGCACGGCAGAGGCACGACAGGGCACGGCAGAGGCACGGCAGAGGCACGGCAGAGGCACGACAGAGGCACGGCAGAGGCACGACAGGCACGACAAAGGCACGGCAGAGGCACGGCAGAGGCACGGCAGAGGCACGACAGAGGCACGGCAAAGGCACGGCAGAGGCACGACAGAGGCACGGCAGAGGCACGGCAAAGGCACGGCAGAGGCACGGCAGAGGCACGGCAAAGGCACGGCAGAGGCACGACAGAGGCACGGCAGAGGCACGACAGAGGCACGACAAAGGCACGGCAGAGGCACGGCAGGCACGGCAGAGGCACGGCAGAGGCACGGCAGAGGCACGACAAAGGCACGGCAGAGGCACGACAGAGGCCCGGCAAAGGCACGGCAGAGGCACGACAGAGGCACGGCAAAGGCACGGCAGAGGCACGACAGAGGCACGGCAAAGGCACGGCAGAGGCACGACAGAGGCACGGCAAAGGCACGGCAGAGGCACGGCAGAGGCACGGCAGAGGCGCAGGAGCUGA